GGUCCCGGGUGCGCCCAUGGACGCGUUCGUGGUCAAACUGCCCCGCGGGCCGGCGGGGGAUGGCGGCGGCAGCGGCGGGAAGAGGCCGCGGCUGGAGAAGCCUGGCCCGGAGCGGCCGCCGCCGCGGGAGAUCCGCGCCGAGGGGCUCAGCUGUGAUUACCGCAUCCUCUUCGGCAAGGCCGAGGCGGACGAGAUCUUCCAGGAGCUGGAGAAGGAGGUGGAGUAUUUCGAAGAUGAGAUGACAAAGCUGCAGGUGUUUGGCACGUGGCACAAGAUUCCCAGGAAGAAGGUGACCUAUGGAGACCCCGGCCUGUCCUACACUUACUCAGGGGUCACGUUCCACCCCAAGCCCUGGAUCCCGGUGCUGACCCGGAUCCGGGAGCGCGUCACCUCAGAGACAGGACACACCUUCAACUUCGUCCUCAUCAACAGGUAUAAAGAUGGCCUGGACCACAUCGGGGAGCACCGUGACGACGAGAAGGAGCUGGUUCCGCUCAGCCCCAUCGCCUCGGUGUCCUUCGGGGCCUGCCGGGAUUUCGUGUUCCGGCGCCGGGGCCGGGCCGGGGCUGGGGGCCCGGGCAGGAUCUGCCUGCAGCUGGCCCACGGCAGCCUGCUCCUCAUGAAGCACCCCACCAACGUGCACUGGUACCACAGCCUGCCCCCACGCAGGAGGGUGCUGGCCCCCAGGGUCAACCUCACCUUCAGGAACGUCCUGCCCGUCUCCAGGAGGGGAAAUGUUCAGCCAGGGGGGACUCUGGGCUCUGAGAAGUGAAUUUAGCUCCUGCUGGAACUGUGGAUUCAUCUAUUCCAGCAGGUGAAUUCUGGAUUCACCCCUGGUCCAUCGCCUAAUGGACAAAAUUUAAUAAUUUUGCUGCUGAAACCUGUGACCACUGAUUUCAAUGGCAAGGUUCUUCCCUCUGGGAAUUGUUGCUCUGGUCCUGCUGAUCCCUGUUUUUGCUGAUUGUUCCCCUUGUUUUGCUCGGGGAGAAGUUUCUUCUCAGCUGAUCUUUAUCUAAGCAGUGUUCCAAGAAGAUGAAAAUGCUCCGUGGCCUGGAGGCAGCAGUUUAUAAACACUGUGAGCCACAAGCUGUGGUUAUUUAAAGCUGAUAUUCUACAGGUGGCACUUUCUGUCAAUGAGCUCUGGUUUGCUUGGGCUUUUUUAAAUUAAAAUAAAAGCAAAAUGAGCCUGA